AUGACUAGAAGCUCUUCCAUGAGAGGGGCCGGCGCGCCGGUAGUUGAACUCAAUCGAGCUAGUUUGGAUCAUGUUCGCAAACUCCUCCGACAACUUCUCAAAGAUGCACAUAUUUCCCACUCUCACUCUUGGGAAACUGCUCUAUUGCCAAUUCUCCUUAAAGCCACGGACGAUGUAGAACCUAAUGUCCAACAAGGUGACGCGAUGGAUAUACGCCACUAUGUGAAACUGAAAAAGAUACCAGGGGGCCGCCCCGGGGAUACAUCAUAUGUAUCUGGCUUGGUCUUUACGAAAAAUUUAGCCUUGAAAAGUAUGCCGCGAACUAUUCCCCAACCAAACAUUCUUAUCAUUACAUUUCCACUUGAAUACGCACGCCACCAGCAGCAUUUCAUGAGUCUGGAGCCUGUCAUUCGUCAAGAACGCGAAUUCCUUGAGAAUCUGGUCAACAGAAUAUCCUCGUUGAAGCCUAAUCUGCUUCUUGUCGAAAAGAAUGUUUCUGGAUUAGCACUUCAGUUAUUGGAAAAGGCAAAUAUCGCCACUGCGUACAAUGUCAAACCUUCGGUAAUUGAGGCUGUGUCUAGGUGCACUCAGACUAGAAUUAUUACGUCCAUGGACAGGCUAGCCACCAAUCCAUCGUACACCGGCCAAUGUGGAAGCUUUGAUCUGAAAACAUAUGUCCACAAAAACCGUAAAAAGACAUAUAUGUAUAUAUCUGGCUGUCUGAAGGAAUUGGGAUGCACAAUCGUCUUACGUGGUGCUGAAAAUGACCUUCUCAUGAAAAUUAAACGGAUCACGGAAUUCAUGGUCUAUGUUGUAUACAAUUUGAAGUUGGAAACCUGUCUCAUGAGAGACGAGUUCGCGAAAAUACCCUCCUCGGCCCCAAACACAACAUCGACCGCUAAAACAAGUGCUUCCUCUAGCAUCACGGACGAUCUGAGCACCACAACACGCGAUCCAACCAGCUCUCAGUCAGGUAUCACGGACGGAGCAAAACCUGGAACAGAGCUGACGACAUCCCAAGGUUCAAUUUCUGUUAGCGACACUGCUACGAGCGCUUCUAUUGAAAAUAAUAACGCCAAUUCUACUACUGAGCCUGCUUUCUACGAGGAUAUGGUCGAGAAGCAUCAAACAAAAAUUCUUUCCGCAUCUCCAUUUGUGAAAUUCAUGCCUCCCUACCUUCUCAUGCGGGCGAGAGAGCUGGAGCGACAGCUUGCAUAUCUCAAACGGCUACGUGAUCAGGACUUCUCGACCGAGCACCUAAGCGAUGAUAAAUCUAGAGCUCAAAAAUUUGUUCUCAUUACUCCCGAGAUGAUCCAUGAAUCCCUCUCCGGUGCCCCAGCUAAAGUAAAGGAAGUUCUUCAUGCCGUUCAUGAUGCAGAAUAUGAUAGAGCGCUGCACAAUUACCAAACACAAAAAAGACAGUGGGAGGCCUCUAUCUCCGGAAAUGACAAUCUCUUUGAUCCCUUUGCACAUCAAAAUAUUGUUGUGCUCCACAGCCUUGUCUGUACGACAACAUCCGUUCCGUGUGCUGGACCGGAGAUAUUUGCUCUCGAAUUUUACAAUGAGCAUGAAUCGGACAGGAUAUUCGAAGCCGAUUUUACUCUUGGUCAGUAUGUCGAAGAACUUUGCCUGAGCGCUAACGACGUCUGUGACGUGAAUGGUUGUGAGGAACGGAUGUUUAGCCAUCACCGGCAGUACGUACAUGGCGAAGCCCAGGUUACUGUCAUUGUGCAGACAUAUCCAUCCAAGCUUCGCGGAUUGCAGGAUGUGAUUUUAAUGUGGAGCUGUUGCAAGAUCUGUGGUAAUGAAACACCAGCUAUCCCCAUGUCAGAAAGCACUUGGAGGUAUUCUUUUGGAAAAUAUCUUGAAUUAUCAUUUUGGUGCGGGAAUUUACACGCACGUGCGGGCGUCUGUCCUCAUGACUUGCAUCGCGACCACCUUCGAUAUUUUGGUUUCAGAGAUGUGGCUAUUCGCAUUCAUUAUGAUCCAAUUAAUUUGCUGGAAAUAAUUGUGCCGCGGCCCCGCGUUACGUGGAAAGUUGAUAAAGAUCUCAGGCUCCGGAAUGAAAUCUACACGCAAGCCGAGAAGCGCUUGAAUCGAUUCAUGUUAUCCGUUAAGUCCAGGUUAAAAAGUAUUAAUGUCGACAGCGUCAUGCCAGAAAUGGCUGAGAGCUGCAAGCAGGAAAUUGAGGCGCUCACGAAACGGGCGAAUGAUGAUCAUCUAGCCCUCAUUAAACAACACCAAGAACUGUACAUGAAUUCUCGAUACUGGGAAAUAGUCCCGCUGAAUAGGGUGAUUCAUGCGACCCAGGAAAAAGCUGUGGAGUGGGAUGCGACGUUCGCAGAAUUUGAACGGAAUUUCUUUCCUUCCGAAAAAGAUAUUCGACGAUUGGCAACAUUACAACUCAAAAGGAUAUUCCUCGAUAAGGAGGGCUCUGUCGCAUCCUUCACUUCCACUGACGAGAUGUCAACGAUAACGCCUACUGAGACAGAGGAGACCGAUGGGACAACCACUUCGCCAUUGGUAGAAAGCCCGAAAUUGGCGAGAAGGAUGACAUUAUCUCCUCAAGAGGCUAAGAAUGUUCUCGCUUCCGUAGUGGAAGAGCAUUCAGGUAAGCUUAAUAGGGACGAUGAAAGUCCCGAGCAGCUUCAUUCUCCCACCCUCCCAAAAGUGGAAAAACGUGAAGCUGUAAAACUGCCAGCGACGCCAAUGGCUUCUGAGGAAGAUAUUCAACACUUAGACUUAGUCAUAUCUCCUCAGAAUGAAACGAAAAAUCCUAACCCUCCUCAGCCCGAGCGCCUUCCCUCUCAUUCAGCUGAGACUACUGCCGAAGCUCACCCUGCAUCUGAUAGCAAUUCUCAAUCUGCUCCCGAAUUACUCUUGUCGGACGCCUCAAAUGAGGCCCAGACCGAACCUGAAGAGAAACAACGCAGCGAAGAUAGUACGGAGCAGCCUGCUAUACGCGCACCUCAAACACCCAGGCCCUCCGGUAUUCCCAGACCGACAGAGAGAUCGGCUCGAAAAGACCCGAAUGGAUCAUCUCCACCAUUGCUAAGAGCACAGUCACAACCAAGCUAUGUUUCAAAUGACAACAGCAGUGCGACUGGAAUACAAGUCCCGCAAAGGUCAUCAACUGGUGGCUCGAGCCCUAAAAUGGCUGAGAAGCAGACAGGACAAAGUAGUGACUCAAAAUUAAAAGGGAAUGAAAAGAGGUUCUCGGAUCGCUUAGGCCUAUCGUCCUUAAAACCCAGUAAACUUACUUCUGGUCACCAUUCCCUGAUACCCCGCUCUGUACAAUCCAGAACCUCGAGGGUUUCAAAUCUCGCAAGACAUUUUGAACAGCUCAGUCGCGAAUUUGAAAAGGAGCGUUUAAAGGAACGGGAACAGCGAGCAUUGCAGAGAAAAAACUCUCGCGCAUACCCCAUGGCUUCUUCAAAUCCGAUUGUAGAAGUUUAUAAGAACGUUAGGGAUGCAGUAGAAGAACGGGAUCCAUCAGAUGAGGACUUCCUGUCAAAUCAGCCCUCUGCCGCUACUUCAAAGGAAUCAACCACGUUGAUGAGCGAAAUGGUGGGCCCUACUCAGCCAGAAGAGAUGUCAGAGGCGGCGGAGGAACAACGGGAUAGAGUCUCUAGUAAAUCAAAAGAAAGCGUACAAAAAGCCAGUCAAGUUUUCCCAGAGGCAGAGGGCGAAGAAGGCAGAGGAGAAGAAGAGGAGGAGGAGGAAGAAGAAGAGCAUAGUGACGCUGAAAGAAGUCUGCUGGACGAACUUCAGAUUGUUGAUUCCCCGGAAGAGACGAAUAAGUUGUCACCUGACGAACUUUAUCUCAAGGAGUUGCCGAAGUAUGAACGGACUUCACUGCUUAAAGUGUUGACAAAUUUCUGGGCCGAACGCUCCGCCAGUGGGUGGGCGCCACUCGAAUACCCUCUCAGUGAUUCCGAUCACGUUUUCGCUGAUUGCGAUAUCAUUGUUCGAGAGGAUGAACCAAGCUCCCUGAUUGCUUUUGCUCUGGACUCUGAGGACUACAAGAAUAAACUUUGGAGCAUUCAAGAGCAUGACGAAAUAAUAGAAGCCAAACCCAAUGAUGGACGUCGUGAGCCAGAAGUUGAGCAUUCGCUGCUGAGAGAGACGGGAACACAUCUCAAAUACCAGUUCCAAGAAGGCCAGACCAAGAUGCUUUGUAAAGUUUUUUAUGCUGAGCAAUUCGAUGCACUCCGAAGAAAAUGCGGUGUCUCAGAACGGAUAGUGGGAUCACUGUCCCGCUGCAUGAAAUGGGAUUCCAGAGGCGGGAAAACCAAGUCACUCUUCCUCAAAACAUUAGAUGAUCGGUUCAUCCUCAAAUCUCUCUCAACCAUCGAGACCCAAGCCUUUUUAAAAUUCGCUCCAGCUUACUUUCAAAUUAUGUCAGAAGCUCUAUUUCACGAACUACCCUCAGCCAUCGCAAAGAUGUUCGGCUUCUAUCAAGUUAUCAUCAAGAACCCCGUCACAGGUGUCGAAUUUAAUUGGUUCCUGCUUCUCAUGGAGAACCUAUUCUAUGACAGGAAUCCAACACGGAUCUUCGAUCUAAAGGGCUCAAUGCGUAAUCGCAAAGUACAAAGCACAGGCGAGCGCAACGAAGUCCUCCUCGAUGAAAACAUGGUUGAAUUCAUCUACGAGAGCCCUUUGUUCACUCGGGAACACUCCAAGAAACUACUAAGCCAGAGCGUAUGGAAUGACACAUUAUUCCUCGCCCGACAGAACGUCAUGGACUACUCUCUUAUGAUUGCGAUUGAUGAAAAUCGCCAGGAACUCGUCGUCGGGAUCAUCGAUUGUAUCCGUACAUAUACUUGGGAUAAGAAAUUAGAGUCAUGGAUUAAGGAUCGCGGAUUUGCUGGCGGUGGGAAGAAUAGACCGACCGUCACCAGUCCGAAGGAAACUUUCAACCGCCGUCAAGGUGGAGAGAUCUUAUUUCUUGGCACCAAUUCCACACCACUUCCUUCAGACUACAGAUAUCUUCAACCGCAGCUCACCUUUUCUUUCCUUUUCUCCUUUUACCCCUAUCCACAGCCCCCGUGA